AUGGCUGGCCUUUUCGGGGGAUUUGGGAAAGCUGGAACUGGCCUUGUGGGUGGCCUUGUUCAAGCAACAGGGAAGGUGGUUGAAACUGUGGGAGAAGCCGCUGAGGAUCUUGGUGAAGCAUUGUCAGGCAAGAAACAAAAUAACCCUAAAACUGUGGAGGGACACAAUGAAGAAGAUCAAGAAGACCAAGAAUAUCAAGAAGAUGAAGAUCCUAUGGAGUUCGAGGAAGACGAUGACUACAUAGACGAAGCCGAGAAGAAGCUGAUGAGCUCGAAAGAGGGAGCAGCAAUGGCGGAAGAAUCCGACGAUGAAGAUCAUGAAGACGAAGAUGGAGAAGAAGCCAACUUAAUCCCAAAGCAUUUCUCCCUCAAAUCCAAGCACAACAAUCGAUACCUUCGUUACGACGAGAACUCCGACGGUCUCCUCCGAUACUCCGGCAAGAAUGUGGUUGGUCCUUAUUCGAAAUUUGCAAUCUGCGGUUCGAAAACCAACAAGGGUUUCGUCCACAUAAGAUGCUGUUACAACAACAAAUUCUGGGUUCGUUCCUCGGAACACUCAAAUUACAUUGCAGCUGUUGCUGAUGAACAAGAAGAAGACAAAUCCAAAUGGUCGUGCACUUUGUUCGAACCGAUCUUCGUGCCCGACCAAAACGGCUACUAUUUUCGCCAUGUUCAACUCAACAAAUUUCUCUGUUCAGCUGAUAGAGAUUGUUUAGCUGCACAAGUUGAAGAUCUCACCACCAUUGAUGACAAUCUCGUCGUCUCCUUCACAAUCGACUGGGACUCCAUAUUCAUUCUCCCAAAAUACGUAGCUUUCAAGAGCAACAACGGGGAAUACCUCGAACCCUCCGGCAAAUAUCUGAAAUUCUCCACUUCGAACAUCGAAGAUCCAGCAGUUGUGUUCGAGAUCAUAUCCAUGGAGGACGGAUAUGUCCGAAUAAAGCAUGUCGAGUCAGACAAGUAUUGGAUUCGCGACCCGAAUUGGAUCCAUUGCGAAUCAAUCAACACUCAAAAAGACAACCCCAACACCUUAUUUUGGCCUGUAAAAGUCGACAACAAUUUCGUAGCUCUCCGCAACAAAGCCAACAGCAGAUUUUGCAAGAGGCUGACGACAGAAGGGAAAACAAAUUGUCUCAAUGCUGCUGUCUUAACCAUUACCGACACUGCUCGUUUUGAAGUGACAGAAGUUGUGGUUGCUAGAAGCAUCGACGACGUUGAGUAUCGUCUUAACGACGCGAGAGUUUACGGUAAAAAGAUUCUCACAGUAUCGAAAGGAACCGCCAUUAAUGACACCGAAGUUGCAGAGAAAGUGACAUUGAAAUUUAGGUACGAGAAGAAGGUGGAAAGAAGUUGGAGCUCUUCUGUGUCGACUACUGUCGGAUUGGCGGCAAAAUUUACGACGAAGAUUCCGACGGUCGGGAAAUUGAAGUUUGAACUUUCAUUCGAGGUUACGAGUGGAAAAACAUGGGAAGAAACUGAGAAGGAGAAGUCGUUUGAAGAAGUUACAGAAACUGUUACUGUUCCUCCAAUGUCGAAAGUGAGAUUUGGUGGUGUGAUAACACAAGCUUCUUGCGAUGUUCCUUUCUCCUACAUUCGACGGGACACUCUGAAAGAUGGAAGACAAGUGACCAACAAGUUUGAAGAUGGGAUUUUUACUGGGGUUACAACGUUUGACUACAAAUUUGAGACUGAAAAAUUACCACUUUGA